AUUGAUGAUGGAUUAUUGCGACAUUAAUCCUGUUGUAAUGCUCGUAAAUCCUGAUGUUCCAAGAAAUCUCAGAAAAAUAAGAGUCGAAAAGUCUCCCAUCGGCGCACGAAAAACUCUUUAUUUUACUAUUGAGAGAAAAGGUGUUGUGAAUUUUGACUUGAAAAGCGUAAUGGACAAGAUGAGAGAUUGUAAUCAGGAUCGUGAUUCUGACAUUAAAAGGUUAAAAACUGAUGAAAAUGAAUAUGAGAAUGAAUAA